AAUCUUACCUCUGCACCCCACUUUCUUGCUCCUUUUUAAAAUUUUUCUGGCACUUUCACCAAUUUCCUCUGCAUUUGUUUCAAUAAUAAGCAACACUGUUUUUACAUAACUUAAUUAAAAACCUGCCCGUGUAACUGACAUAUAAACCCGGGAGAGGCUGUUAAAGGAUUGAUCCUUAUUAAGAACCAUGUUCUGAGACCAGAGUGGGCUCAGAGGGGCCCCGACGUUGUGAAUGUGAUACAACAUUAGAAACGGAAGAGCACGUGUUGAAGAAAUCUAUUCUGGGACUGGCAUGACAGUGAGAGCUCCCGCAGUCAAAGCUAUGAGAUAUGGCACAAGAGGGUCACCUUGACACUAAGAGGCACAUUUAAGCAGAAUUCAUGAAAACAGCUUAAAGGGAUCUUCUUUGCAAGAAAAAAGCCCUGCGGUUGAGAUAAAUGUUAAUGUCUUAUCAGAACGAAAGGUGGAUUAACUGCUUGGAUUAUUGUUACAUAUUUCUGAUUUUUAAUUUGAUAUUUCGACAUUGCAUCCCUACUCUUUCAUGGCAUGUAAACCACUAAGCUUUCACUCUUGGUUGACAGAUGGAGAUGUAUACAGGUGCUAAAUAUAGUAAGAUAUGCAAGUUGAGGCUAUAACCACAGCCGCUGUGAUACAGAGGAGCCAGUGAGCAACUUUUUUCCACUGACAGGCAGGGUGAUGUCAGUAAUCUGGAAAUGAGCAGGCAGCCAGGCUUCAUUCUGGAGGGAAAGGCCCCAGUCGAGUCCAGCAGGGGGGAUGGAGGAGGUACAGAAGCCAGAUCCCUCAGCCCUGCUUCUCUGCCUUUGACCCAGACUGUGAGCUCUGGACCUUGGCAGAGUGAGAGCCUGCUAGCUGAGUCCUGGUCCACGAUGGGCGAUGUGGACCCCGAGGAUACCAAGAGCCUUGACAGCAAUGACGGGGCAGUUCUGGCUGGAGAGGAGAAUCACUCCUCCAACUCCGACAUGGUCCACCUGGAGCGAGAGGAGGCUGAGAUGCUCGAGGAGGCAGAGGAGAGGAGAAGGAGAAAAGAGGAGGAGGAGGAAGAGGAUGAGGAGCUGCAGGCGAGUGUGUUGAGCGUGCUGGGUCAGGACACAGAGCUGGUGGAGCUCAAGGAGGAGGAGCAGGACCUCCAGGCCCCAGAAACUGAAGGGCUUCUGGUGUCAGUAGAGGAGCCUCAUGUGGAGAGGGAGCCAGUAGAGUUCAGGCAUGUGGUUCCCCCAAUGGCCCUGCCUCCACUGCCUAUUGUCAAACUGGAUCCCCCCUCCACUACAUCCACACCAGUCCCAUCAACCACAACCUCUGAAGCAGAGGAGCUUUAUUCCACUCUGGGCCUUCACCCUCCUUCUAUUCUGGCACCCACUGCUGCAGAGCCUCCAGAAAAGAGUGUCGAGCAACAACAAUUCUCACAAAUUCCCCUUUCAGAUGUGGAGGAACAUUCAGUUAAAGAGACACCACCACAGCAAAGCGCUUCAAAGACCAAACCACUGAGCUCCACUGAGCUGCUGUUUGGAGGCGCUGCUUUAGUGGCUGUUGUGGGUGUAGUAGCUUAUGGUGCUGUGGUCUACUGUAAAAAGUAAAAAACCUCUCUUUGAAUCCCUAAACAACCUUUCAGCACAGCUUUUUUCUGUUUUUAAAUCUAUUCCUAAUGAAUUAUUCCACUUCACUCUGAAUUCGGGAUUUUAAUUUGAUUUCUUUGGAUUCAUGUUGUGCUACCUCAGCUCACAGCAGAGCUCAUGGCCUUUGUUUUACACGUUCAUCGCUAAGAAAAAGCAUUUAGCCAGAAAAAUUUGAACCUGGAAUGUAAAGAACAUGUUCAGUGUAAUUCUAAAAGAAAAACAUCUUACAUACUUGA